CUGAUCGUGUAGUCUGCUACCGAUCGUCUUGUUAAAGACAGUAUAGUAGUGUGGUCUUUAAGGCUGCGUUAAUUCGUUCCUUUUUAAGGUUGUACAUAUUCUAAUAUAUGACAGACUAAACUUUAUUCAUGUCAGGAUUAACUCGACUUGACUCAGUGAACUUUGAAGCUUCUGAGGCUAACUCGGCCUGCUACUUAGCUUAGCUGGCUAGCUGCUAACAAAGAGACCCAGAAGUUAUUCACACAACGCCAAGUAGGCACAAUUGUGAGUGUAGAGUGUGGCGAUUGUGUGAAAAUGUGUAAAAUACAAAUGCUGAGAGUGUUGGUUAAUUAGCGACUAACUGCUGCUAUGGAAGAACUAUUUGUAGUGUUAUAAGGAAAGAGCAGAGUACGAGGGGGGACUUUCUCUAACCAGAGGUGAACUAACGACAACUGGACGCUGUUUUCAAGAAGCAUCAAGUCGUGUUACACGGAACAGACGCCUAUAAAGGACAUAUUUUUCCUGAGCAGCAGCUGACCUCCAAAAUGGAACAGGAGCAACCACAGCCCCCCCAAAUUAAAAAGGAAGAGAAAGAGCCUCAGUCCACCCACAUUAAAGUGGAAGAUGAGGAGCUCCAGCUCCCUCUUUUUAAAGAGGAAAAGGAGGAAUACAGCAUCAGUCAGAAGGAGGUUGAUGUCCCCAAGAUGCUAUUGGCUGGUAUUAUUGUGAAGAGUGAAGAUGAUGAGGUUAAAAGUGAAAGUGAGAAGAGAGAGGUGGGGCCUCCAAGCAGCAGCUCAACUCAACACAUGACAACAGAAGCUGAUGGAGACCACUGUGGAGGAUCACAAGCAGGCAAACUCUUAACUCCACUAUCGGAUAGUGACGACACAACGUCACACUCUCCUGACACUGAUGAUGAAGACUCUGAAGCUGAUACAACAUGUCACACUGACAACACACACUUUGAAUGUUCUCACUGUGGCAAAAUUUUUAAUCAACGUCGUAAUCUGAAAAGACACAUGAGAAUACACGGUGGUGAAAAACCUUUUUCUUGUUCAAGCUGUGGUAAAUGUUUUACACAAAAUCAUAAUUUGAAAACACACAUGAGAACACACACGGGUGAAAAACCUUUUCCUUGUUCAACUUGUGGUAAAUGUUUUACACAAAAUAAUCAUUUAAAAAUACAUAUGAGAAUACACACUGGCGAAAAACCUUUUAUCUGUUCAAUCUGUGGUAAAGGUUUUACGGAAAAUAGUAAUUUGAAAGCACACAUGACAAAACACACUGGCGAAAAACCUUUUUCUUGUUCAAUAUGUGCUAAAAGUUUUACUCUCAAUAUGAAUUUGAAAACACACAUGACAACACACACUGGUGAAAAACCUUUUACUUGUUCAAUCUGUGCUAAAGACUUUACCCAAAAUAUACAUUUGAAAAGACACAUGACAACACACACUGGUGAAAAACCAUUUUCGUGUUCAAUCUGUGGUAAAGGUUUUACACAAAAUAGUGAUAUGAGAAGACACAUGCCAACACACACUGGUGAAAAACCUUUUUCUUGUUCAUUCUGCGCUAAAAGCUUUACACUCAAUGUAAAUUUGAAAACACACAUGACAACACACACUGGUGAAAAACCUUGUAUCUGUUCAAUCUGCGCUAAAGGUUUUACAAAAAAUAUACUCUUGAAAAGACACAUGACAACACACACUGAUGAAAAACCUUUUUCCUGUUCCGUCUGCGGUAAAGGGUUUACACAAAAUAGUGAUUUGAAAAGACACAUGAAAACGCACACUGGUGAAAAACCUUUUGUCUGUUCUAUCUGUGCUAAAUGUUUUACGGAAAAGAGUAAUUUGAAAGCACACAUGAGAACGCACGCUGACAAAAAACCUUUUUCCUGUUCAAUUUGUGCUAAAGGUUUUGUACAAACACAUACGUUGAAAAGGCACAUGAGAAGACACACUAGUGAGGAAGUGUGAGUUGUAGUGUGUGUGAUGAGAGAAGUGAGAGCAUCAACAAAAAAAAUGAAGCUGCAGGCUUUAAAAAAUGUUUCUACCGUUUAUAGAUUAGAUCGUUUUAGAUUAGUGGUGUAUGUAUGUUUUAAGUAUGUGCAUUAGUAUACAACGUUGUGUACAUUCAUUUAAAAUACCCAUUUUCUUUGAUUGAACAUGUCUUCACUGACUGAAGCAUCGACUUAUUUUGACUACCCUUCUAUGAACUUUUUUGUUUGUUUUCGAAACAAACGGAACAAGACAUGAUUCAUAAAAUAAACUGUGUGUGUGUUUGUGUGUGUGUGUGUGUGUAAUUGGUUGGAACUGCUACAUGUAGAUUUGUAAAAUAACCCCCCAAAUACCACAAUUUCUGUUGGUAAUGUAACCUUGGUUAUGUGCA